CUGUGAAGCAAUACAUACAUAUUAAUCAACGCAAAAAAAUAUUCCAAUGCCCAGGUCUCGGUCGGGGUGGGGCCGAACGACGAUUUGGGCAGCUCCCCAUACCCAGGAGCUGCGACGAAGCUUCAUCGUCUGAAGUCGUCGUCAUCGUCGACUCCAAACUACACUAAACACACUACAUUGAUAUAUUCUUACCUUGCACGCAAAUGGUGUAAGUUGGCUCGGUUCUCCAUCCCAAGCGGUGCAGUUAGUCUUUAACAACGAGCUCUCGGAUCGCUCGUCCCAUCAGCUGACCAGACGCUUUGUUCUGGCGUAUCUUUGGCGAGAUGACGAUGGACUGAUGCCAGUGGGAGGAUUACGCAAGUGUCUGUUGAUGACUCGCAUUGCAGUGCCACUGGAACGCCUAGAGUACGCAACAUGGGCACAGAAAAACAAAGAGCGAAUGAGAGACAUUGUUGCAAAAUUGCUUGCGAGGGGGCCUCUUGCAUGUCACCCUGGAAAUUCAUACCUCAAACCCCGUCAGUAUUGGCGUCGGGGCAUCUCCGCUUUCGGCGUCAGGGAGUACACCUGGGUAAGGUAGGUAACCUUCACGUAACGUAACUGCCACUCUUGAAGCAAACGCACUCUUUUCCUCCAAACAUCUCCAAACCCUUCCUUUUUCCUCGCGUCGUCUCCCUCUUGAGCAGCAGAGUUAGCAAGCAAAACAGUAUUAUCGCGAUACUAUGGGCUCCGGAUGCUGCUCCGACGAGCCUGUCAAGGGUCAGGGAUGCGCCGGCCCAGCUGACAAGGUCAACCACGGACACGACCAUGGCCACGAAGUCGAGGCCGACGACAACUGCGCCGGUGAUGGAAACUGCGACGGUGCUGAGGCGGUUCCCUGCCUUGACGAGAACUGCGAUGCGGAUACCGACUGCGACUCCGACAAUGACGAUGACUCUACAUGCCGCUCCGUCAAGCUUGAGUGCUGCAAUUCCAAGGAAGAGAACUGCGACGAAAAAUGCAUAAUCGCUGCUGCCGCCGUUGAGUGUGAGAAGACUUGCGACGACGAUACCGCUCAUGAUGGUAUGGCAUUGCAUCCUAACCAAAGUCAGUCCAUCUCGGAACUCACGCUCCUAGGCGCUGUCGAUCACAAACAUACCCACGAUAAGGACGGACAUCAUCCGGCCUCGGCUUGUAGCACCCAUCUCUCCAAGGCCUUCGAGAAGUACAGCGCCUAUCUUGAGUCGGCCCGUUGCAUCUGUCGUAGCAUCCUCGAUCGCGGCUUGCCGACCACUUGUUGCGUCGAACAGCAACCCGGUGCCGCUGCCGCUCUCGUUCCAGCGAAGCCUCCUGCUACUGCAAAAAAGGCCCGAGAGCCUGUCGAGGCGCAGACGUCCGCACAUGCUCACGGUCAACACAAGCAUCACCAUCACCACCGCCACGGCAUUAAGCGACGCGGCAAGAAGUCGAGCGCUACUCACGAUCAUGACAUGGCCAUCAUGCCCGCUCGAGACGACCGGUCUGACUGCUGCAGCGGACACGACGUCGGCCUUCCCUCUGCUCUUGCAAAAGGGCCGGUGCCUCUAUCCCGAACCGCGGAGAAGGAUGUCGAGAAGGAUGCCGGGCUAGAGCAUAUCGCUCUUGUCGUUGACGGCAUGACUUGUUCUGGAUGCGGUAAUAAGCUCGAGAGAACGCUCAAGGCGGUUCCUGGCGUUUCUGGCGUGCGUGUCAACUUCGUCAUGGGCAAUGCGGAGUUCAUGUUCGACGGCGCUGCAGGCAAGGCCGAGGACAUCAUCCGCAACACGGAGCGAGCCACUGGGUUUCACUGCACCCGCAUGUCAAGUGAUGACCAGACGCUCGACAUACUCGCCGCAGGCGCGGAAGCUAAGAUGAUGACGGACCUUGCGAUCAUGGGUGUCAAUGAAGUCAGCAUUGUCGACAAGAAGGUGGUCAGAGUUACUUACGACCCAGCAGUCAUUGGAGCCCGAACCCUCCUCGACAAGUUCGGACCGCUCGCGACAAGACUAGCACCGCCCCGCGAUGAUCCCUCCAUCGCGAGUGGAAGAAAGAGGAUGUACGAUCAGUUGAUGAAAACGGUCCUCUCCGCAGCCCUCACCGUCCCCGUCGUGGUUUUCGCCUGGGGUGAGAAGCUUGAACCGAAGACGCGCUCCAUAGUUUCGGUCGUGCUUGCGACACUGGUGCAGCUUAUCGCCGUGCCCGACUUUUACAAACCAGCCAUUUCAUCUCUUGUGCACAGCGGUGCCAUCGAAAUGGACAUGCUGGUCGUUAUCAGCAUCACUGCCGCUUAUGUCUAUUCAAUCAUAGGGUUUGGGUUUCACAUGGCGGGCCGACCUUUAGACCCCCGCGAGUUUUUCGAGACAAGUACUCUACUCAUUACUCUAGUACUUCUCGGCCGCCUCACUGCCGCUUUCGCGCGUAUUCGUGCCGUUGCAGCUGUUUCACUCCGCUCGCUCCAGGCUGCCACCGCUGUCAUUGUGGAAAAGGGAAGGGAUGUCGAGAUCGACGCUCGUCUACUUCAGUAUGGCGACAAGUUCAAGGUCCUUCCACACUCAACUGUGCCCACCGACGGUUUGGUUAUGAACGGCUCCAGCGAAGUAGACGAGUCUAUGUUGACUGGCGAGAACAUGCCUGUCUUCAAAAAGCAGCACGAUACCGUCAUUGCGGGAACCAUCAACGGCUCAGGGACACUGGUGGUCCAGCUCACUCGUCUUCCUGGGAAGAACACUGUGACCGACAUCGCGGAGCUCGUCGAGGAAGCAGCCAACUCAAAGCCGAGAAUUCAGGACAUUGCCGACCGCGUGGCCAGCUGGUUUGUUCCCGUCGUUACCUCAGUGGCUGUCGUUGUCGUCGUCAUCUGGGUCAUUAUCGGCCUUAAGGUUCGCCAACAACCUGUCGGAAAGGCAGUUGCCCAGGCAAUCACCUAUGCCAUUGCUGUUCUCGCCGUCUCUUGCCCUUGCGCUCUCGGUCUCGCCGUCCCGAUGGUUCUGGUCGUCGCCGGCGGAAUUGCUGCUCGCGGAGGCGUCAUUAUCAAAUCGGCCGAGUGCACGGAGAGGGCUCGAAGGGUCAGCGACGUCGUAUUCGACAAGACUGGGACCAUCACAGAAGGAGAGCUGGACGUGGUUGAAGAAGAAAUUCUUCUCGCGGGCCAGGAUGAAGCUCGUGCCGUCACCAAGGCCCUCGUUGCAGGCAACAAACAUCCGGUAUCCAUGGCUAUCGCCAAGUACCUCGCUCCGCGUGCAACUCUUGAAGUCAAAGUCACCGAUUCCCGAGUUAUCCCGGGGGCUGGUGUCGAGGCCACUCUUGAUGGACAUACCGUCUGUGCCGGAAACCCAUCCUGGACCAAUGUUAACUCCCUACCCUCCGUCACCCGUUUCCAAGAUGCAGGCAUGGCUAUUCUGGUUAUCACUCGCGACAGUGACCCUAUCGCCCUUUUCGGAUUGCGUACCCGUCUCCGCCCAGAGGCAUCCAGAGUCAUCGCCCAGCUUGCCCGUCGCAAUAUCGCCGUGCACCUCGUCUCCGGCGACCAAAAGCGUGCAGUCGAGUCCGUUGCCGCUCAGGUUGGAAUUCCCAAUGUGGCAUCCCAGCGAACCCCGGCCCAGAAACGGGAUUAUGUCGCCUCGCUCAUGUCCGAGGGCAAGCUCGUCAUGUUUGUUGGCGACGGUACCAACGAUGCGGUGGCUGUCACGCAAGCAGACGUGGGUGUGCAGCUCGGCAGCGCAGCUUCAUCGAGCGAUGUCACCCGUGGAGCGGCGGACGUGAUCCUUCUCGCAGGCCUCGAAGGCAUCCCCUUCGUGCUUGAUGUUAGCCGUGCCAGUUUCCACCGAAUGGUUUUCAACUUUGUUUGGUCAGCCGUCUACAACGUGCUCGCGAUUCUGCUUGCAGGAGGAGCCUUCGUCCCUGUCAACUUUAGCAUCCCUCCUGCCUAUGCGGGUCUGGGCGAGAUGGUCAGCGUGAUUCCCGUCAUUAUAGCCGCCAUGACGAUGGUGAUGAAGAGGAACCGAUCCGAGGCUUGAGGUGUAGGUGUUUGAACUGAAAAAAUGGCCUGGCUGGCAUGUUCAACACCUGCGGGCUGAGGCGUAGGGUUUAUCUUCGUCAUUACUGGUUAAUGGCGGCAGGGGAAAACAACGGUUUCAACACCAACAUGAGUGAUGGGCUUUUUGUUUCGAUGUUUUGUUUCGGUUCGCUUCGCCAGCAGCUCUCGAGAAUUGGCCAAUACGGACGUGGCCCUGCGUGUUACGUCGCUCUAGACGCUGUUGACGUACGAUGCGACGUUCCGAGGCUGUGCUGCUUGAGUAUACAGCUUGGUAUACCGGUAUUCUUUUAUGCAUCAUCAAUAUACACAU